AUGACGCCAGAUGACAGGCAGCGUAUGUGCGCUGCAUUGACAGAGGCUGGCCUGGACUCUGCUGGGCUGGAUGAAGAGGACUUGGAGCUGCUGUGGGCAGCCAAGUACCGGACCGCGGCGCGCCUGCGUGCAGCUACACGGGAAAAUCUCGUUCAAGCGCAUCUGGCGCCUGGCGUGGUGGAUGCCAUUCGGCAGGCCUUAGGCGCUGACGCUGGCACCAGCAACACUGCUGCAGGCCUGCCAGCUUGCAAGCUGCAGCUCCGGCAAGACUCGCAGAACCAGGACCUGUUCUUCUUUGAGCCCAUGGACACUGUCAGCGCUGCAGCUGCCACAAGUGCUGGCGUGAACAGCAUGUUCUUCCUGGACCCCGAGGGCAGGCAGAUAGCUGAGCUGAAGAAGUGGCUGGACCUUGCCGAGGAUGAGUACUGUAUGGGGAGACCCAUCCGGCCGCUGUUCAUCAACGGUCUGGUCAAGACUGGCAAGUCCUACAUGCUCAACGAGGUUCUGCCUGCUGUGGCCAACACCUACUACAGCAGCGGUGGCAGUGGCCAGCAGCACGCUGGCAUGGUGCUUUCAGAGCCCAACUUCCUGCACGUGAACUGCUUGGGCUGUGAUCGCAGCAGCGGCAUCAGUGGCUUUCUGGAGGCUUUCCUCAUUCGACUCAAGCGGAGCGCCGCCAAACAGCAGCUCUCUGCUGCCGCCAGCACACCUGCACCCAGCAACAACUCGGCUAAUGCCGUACAGGACGCCAUUCAAGACUUCAUGGAGCGCCUGCCACGGGACCGCCUGAACUUCCUGCUGGUUGACGAGGCGCAGAGUUUUUACCUGCUUGAGCGGGCCAUGCCCGGCAAAAAGUCGCCCGGCAAAAGUCCGCGGCGAAAAGUCGCUGUACGCGGCUCAACACUGGACAAGGAUGCAGUGCGGCACAUGCGGCGCAUCUUCAAGGAACUCCUGCUGGACAGCCCCCACUGGGUCGCCUGGGCCGUCACGGGCAGUUCCAUGGCGACGCUAUGGGCCAAUGUUGCAGUCACCCCGACCAACGGUGUUGCCCUAAUCACGUACCACUCCCAACUCAACCUGAGCCCCUUGGUGUCCGAGGACGUGCUGCAAGUCGCCUGGGAGCAGCUAAAGGCCCAGGCCGCGAGCUGGGAUCCGCCACUGCCAAGCGACCUGCUCUGGCAGUCACCACAGCAGAUCGCCAUGCUUGCGUACUUGUGCCAGGAGUGGAGGGGGCGGUUAGGGACGGCUAUCACAGCUGCGGAGCUGGUCAAGCAAACCCUGACAGGAAAGCUCAUUCCCGAGGUGCUGGCGGACAUGCGCAUGGUACUGCAAGUGCUGGGCCAGCCUACUUCACAGGUGCUGCUCCUGCGCGAGCUGGUGGACACAAUGGCUGGAGUGGAGCGCGCCAAGCUCCCGCCGGCGUUUGAGGCGCUGCUGGCCAACUUCACCACCGAGCAAAAUGGCAGGCUGUAUCUGGAUAACCCGCUAUUUGCUCAGGUGCUGCAGGCAGGUCCGGGACCACCGCUGCAACAGCCGCGGCAGCAAGACCAAUUUUGAGCGGGACGACAGGGCUCAGACUGACGUCAAGGUUGGGCUUCGCUGGUUCCACAGGUUGCUGCGCAACAUCCUCUGUCACGCCCCCAUCCUGGAUCAGCAGAAGUUCCUGGAUGCCUACCCGCCAGAGAUGGCUGCAUUUCAUAGCAGUGGUCGCAUCAGCAAGGUGCUGACCGCGACCUAUGAAAGCCCGAAGCCCAGGUGCAGCGGUGGCGGCAGCAGCAGCGGCCAGCAUGGCGGCAGCAGUGGCGGCCAGCGUGGCGGCAGCAGCGGCGCCCAGCGUGGAGGCAGCAGCGGCGCCCAGCGUGGAGGCAGCAGCGGCACCCAGCGUGGAGGCAGCAGCGGCGCCCAGUGUGGCGGCAGCAGCGGCGCCCAGCGUGGCGGC